UCGCGGGGUGCAACUGGAGAUCCUACACAACUACAGCUCUCAAAGCAUCACCAGAGGAUUCAACAGAACUUUCGCCCUGCGAGGUACACCGCGCAUCAUUUGGAUUGAUGCUGGUCUCAACAUUGUUAAGGCUGGUAAAGACCUGAUUAACACUGAGAUGAAGGUCAUCUCCAGCCUCAACCUGAAGUUCACCUCCAUUGAAUUUAGAACUACUCUUCCCAAACAUCAUGCCGGCAUCGGAGCAGUUGAAAGAAUAAUCGGCUCUAUCAAAAACACAGUUAACAAGUCACUCGUCGGCCCUCACCAGUUGACAAUGGACGACGAGGAAUUACUCACCUGGACGCAUGGAGUUAUUGAAAAACUCAACAACCGACCUCUGAUCCUCGGAGCUCCACUGGGAAUCACCCUCACUCCCAACCACGUUCUCCAGGGGUUUAGAGAGGGUUUCGGAGACAAAGUCAACCCUGUUGCUCCUAUCAACCAACAGAUCUCCAGGUGGAACUUAGCUCUCAACAUGUUCCACUCACUAUGGGAGCAGGAAUAUACCCGACACAGAUUCACUGUCACCUGGAAGAACCAGGGCAGCCUUCCCCAGAUCGGAGAUAUAGUCCUGUUCAAGAACGAGCCCAUAUACAAGAAUCCUAUUUCUGCAGCCAGGAUGGAACAACUCCUUCGUAGAAAGAACUGA